AUGUCCAGAUCUAUGUCCACCAGACUCCCUUCGUACUUCGACAUGCAUCCCAAGCGGCAGCCGCCUCCGCGCCAGAGGCUCCCUUCCCUGGAGACGGUCGCACAGGUGUUCGGCCGUCCUCCCAUAUACGACGGCAUCUUCGGUAGCUGCAGUGCGGCCUCUCUGCCGCGCCUGGCGGCCACCAGCCGCGACGUCCGCGCCGCAUUCCACGACUUCGAGCGCCGCGCAUUCAACGUCAACCGGCGGCUCAAACGCUUUGUCGACGACCCCGCCGCCUUCCGGACCUUGAUGGGGCGCACGGGGAUGAUCAUCUCUGGCUCGUUCGCGCUGCAAUUCUUCGACCGCACGCUGUACGAGGAGUCGGACCUCGACUGCUACCUCUACAAGGACCGCAGCAUCUUGCAGGUCGGGGCGCACCUCAAGGGGAUCGGCUACGUCUACAAACCCAACCCCUCCGACAGCGGCGGUACAAGGGACUUCGAACGAGACGUCGACCGACUUUUGAGGUCCGACACCGAUUCCGACAUUGACGAUGGCGAUUGGUGUCCGGACUACGGCUCUCUCACGUCUCGCGAGCAUCGGCGCAUCUGUGCCGUAUACUCGUUUGAGCGCAAGACGCGGCGCGGCAGCACUCGUCGCGUGCAGCUCGUGGUCUCGAUGACCUCGCCGUUUGCUGUCGUCCUCAGCUUUCACUCCACCUGCGUCAUGAACGUGAUCACCUACAACGUCGCGUACGCGCUGUAUCCGCGUCCGACGUUCGAGUUCCGUCACGCCAUCGGCCUGAAGGAGGAGGGCGCGGAGGACGCUCUCGCCAAGUACACCGAGCGCGGGUGGACGAUAUUCCCCGAAGGACGCGGAAUUUCCGGUUCGGCAUGGGAUCUUUACUUCUUCUGCGCGGCGCGCUGGGUGUGCGACGACAACACGUGGAAAAUCUCGCUCGACAUGACUGGGGUCGCACAGCCGCCUCCCAUGGCGUGCUCGAGGAAGGCCUUUCGAUGGGACCCGACGUCCGAAUGUGGAUGGGAGCUAGACGGGCAGGGAACGAGCUUCAAGGACUUCGACUCGCCCGCUCUGCGCUGGAAGUACACCCUCCCAGGCGAGCACAGCCCAUGGGAGUUCGAGGAGUUCAUGGAGUCGCGGACGACGCUCAACAAGUCCAAGCUCGCGAAGGGAUCUGUCCCCCCGGAAAACGUGAGGGACAGCUGUCGGCCACCGGGCUGGAAAUGGUGGGAUGCGCAGAUGCCACUUUUGCGCAAGGCAUACAUGGUGCAAAGGGCACCCUGCGAUUUCAAAAAGUUUUUCCGUCUGCCACAGCAGACUGAACCUCGCCGCAGAAGCAACAAAUGUAGAAACAGAUCCGUCCAACUCUGA